AUGUGUAAUAAUGAGAGAUAUGCAAAUUAUUUAAGAAAUAAAAUAGUAAAAUACUUCAAUUUAAAAAAUGACGAAUUAGAAAUUAAUUACGUUAAAUCAAUUUUAAAUUCCAAAUCAUAUGAUUUAUUUGAUUCAUUAUUUUUAUUAAAUCAGGCAUUUUAUGAGAAAAAUAAAAACUUAAAAUAUUCAUUAAUUGAUGUUAAAAAAUUUACAUAUGAUUUAAUAAACAAUAAAAAAAAAUUCAUUUUCUCUGAUAAAAUUUCAGAUAGUAACAUAAAUAAAGUUAAUUGUAAUAAUAAUACUAAUAAAAGUAUAAAUAGUUAUUUUGAGAAUAUUUUUAAAAGUGAUAAAAUAAGUAUCCCUAAUAAUAAAAAAGAAUAUGACAUAAAUUAUGAAGAUAAUUUCAUUAAUCCAAAAUUGAAAGAAGGAAAAUUAAGAACAAAUAAAAAUAAAGAAAAUGAAAUAAUAAAACAUAAAGAAAAUAAUAAUAACAUUGUAGAUAAUAAAAAAUAUGAUGAUUUAAUAGAAAAUAAGAAUAAACAAAUAGAAGAAAAUAAAAAUGCAAUAAAGCAAAGUAAUCCUAAUGAGAAAAUAAGUAAAUCAAUUUUUUUAAAAGAAAAAGAAUUAAUUGAUUUAAAAUCAAAAGAUUUAAAUAUUGUAAAAACGAAUAAAUUAAGUGAUAUAAAAAAAAAUGAAUUACCAAAUUUAAAAAAUAAUGAGGUAGAAGAAAAAAAAGAAAAAGAUUAUUUUUCCUUUUUAAACAUUAAUGAGAAUGAUUAUUCUUUAAAAACUGUUAUAGAUUUAAUAGAAAAUGAUAGCAUUAAAUCUGAUGAAAACAAUAAUCAAAAAAUGAAAAACAAAAAACAAAAAAAAAAGAGUAUUCAAAUAUGUUUAUGUAAUGGACAGAAUCAUAAAAUAUAUGCAAAUUGCCUAAUUUGUGGAAAAGUUUAUUGUAAUAAAAUAAAAUAUAAAAAUUGUAUUUACUGUGGAAAUAAAUUAUAUGAAUCAUUUAUAUUCGACAAAAUAUAUUUAUGCAGUGAAGAUAUUGAUAAUUCUGUAAAAAAAGUAAUAUCUAAUUUAAAAGAUUCAGAUCCUUUUAUUUAUAAAUUAUAUUUUGAUUCAAAAAACAAUAAUUUAAAAAAAGCCUUUCAUUUAAGAAAUAAAAUGUUAAACAAUUCUAUUAAUGAAGAACAAACAAAAAUAAUUGAUGAUAGUAUUGAUUGGUUUGAAGACGACAUUAAAAAUGAAUUUAAUAAUAAUGAAAUACAUUUCUCUUGUUAUGAUGACGAAAUAAAAAAUGAAAUAAUAAAUAAAUAUUAUGAAAUAUUUGGAAAAAGAUUUAGUGAUAUUAAUAUAGAUAUAGACAUAGUUAAUAUGAAAAUAAAAGAAAACGUCGAUUAUUUUAAAAUUAAAGAAUUUAAUGAUUAUUUAAAUGAAAAAGAAAAAGAGUACAGGAGUCAUAUUGAAGAAAAUAAAAAGGAUCAUAAUAUAAAAGUAAAUAAUGUUCAUAAUUAUUUGUCUACAAAAGAAAGAAAAAAUUUAAGUUAUAUAAAUGAUUUAAAAAAUAUAUUUUUUAAAGAAAAUACUACAAAAAGUAAUAUUUCUUCAAGAGAAAUCAAAGAAAAAGAUCAAGUGGAAAAAAAAAAAACUCACGCUAAAAAAUAUAAAUAUAAUGUAUUGAGUCUAAUAGAUGACGAAUAUGAAGAUAUAUUAUGA